AUGGCUGCUAACGAAGCGAGCAGCCAGUGCGCGAAUCAGAAGCUGACCGUAUUCCACGGCCUGCAAGCACCUGGUAUUGGCCUCGACAAGUACCUGGAUAGGAUCUUCAAGUACGCGAACUGCAGCUACUCGUGCUUCGUGGUGGCGUAUAUUUAUGUCGACCGGAUGAUCGAGCGACAGCCGGACAUGCUCCUGACGAACCUCAACAUCCAUCGGCUGCUCGUCACCAGCGUCAUGGUCGCCACCAAGUUCUUUGACGACGCAUAUUUCAACAACGCGUAUUACGCCAAGGUCGGCGGCGUGACGACUGGCGAAAUGAACCGGCUGGAGCUGGAGUUUCUCUUUCGCAUCGACUUUCGCCUAAACAUCACGUCGGACGAUUUCGCGAGCUACUGCAAGCUACUGGAAGGCGAGCUAUGGCGGAUGCAAUACCCCAUGGACGAUUUUCUCCCGUCGCUUCCCGCGUUCGAAGCAGCCGAGUCAGAUUCCGAGGAGUCCGCAACAUCUGAUGUCAUAGAUCCGGCGUCUGACCUUCUAGGUUCGGCGUCCGAGCCUGCAGAUUCGGACUCGGAAGGAUCUGUGUCUGAUGCUGCCGAGGCUUCGGAUUCUGACGUCGCAGCUCCGUCCGACGUGGCGGAUAAGAAUGUCUGCUGUAAGCGGCAAAAGCACUGCGUGGAUGGCGAGUCGCGGGAGGAGCAUGCGGGUGUUCAAACGGCGCAUAGAUCUCGAUCCUUUGUGCUCAACGGUAUCGCUGCCAUGAAUCUGAGCCGUCUCCUUUACCACGACAUGGCUUGA